UAACUGGUGAAUAAACUUCAGGACUCGAAGCACUUUGUAUAAUGAGCUAUCGGGGGAGAGGAUCAUACCGUGGCUCCAGCUCUCGAGGAGGAUGGGGUGGUGAAAGCCGCGGAAGAAGUAAUCGCAAUGGAGGCCAUUUCUUCAAAGAACCUUCAUCAAGCUACAAACCAUAUCAUGGGGAACGAGAAAAAUUUCCAAGUUAUCGCGGAGACUCGCACUAUUCCUCUAGGGGUAGACAGCAUGAUUCGUACACUCCAAGGCAUGAACGAUCUCAUAGAGGACCAUCUCCAGAUCGGAAACGGAUGCGCACAGAUUCGUACACAUCUGUGGGAAGUUCCCAUAGCAGAGACUAUGAUAGUUAUGGUGGAAGAUAUGGAGAAUCCUCUUCCAACGACAGAAUGGUAUUCAGAGAAGAAAGGCGAAGUUUGCGUGGUGACCGUAGGUCAUCAGAGUAUCCAGUGCAUCGAAAGUCUGGACCUCCGUCUCACACAGAGACCUCACCAAGAUUCACAUCGCCGCGGGGUGGAAGAGGCUCUAGAGGAAGUUAUCGUGGACGUUCUUCCAGUUUCCGAGGCUCAGUGCGACCAUCUUACACCAAGCCCAUUAGCACCCCCAGGUCAUCUUCCACUGUUAUGAGAAGAUAUCGCCCUGAGUAUUCGACUCGUGGAAGGUCAGCGUUGCUAAAAAAAAGAAAAGAAUUGGAAAUCAUUCAGAAGUACAAAAGACUUAAGCUGCAGCGUUUGAGGCUACGGAAGGCUUUUCUUGCCAAAAAAACCUUGGGAAGCAAAGGAGAUGAUUCCAACGAAGAAGGGAAGGAGGAAGCAGAAGAAGAUGCAGAUGAAAACGAGGAAAUAGAGGAAGAAAUUGAGGAAGAAGUUGAAGAAGAAGUCGAGGAAGAAGCAAAAGAAGAAGAAAUAGAAACGGAAACAACUGAUAAAGACAAAGAAAAAGAAAAAGAUGAUGAAGGAGAAGAAAAACCGAAACCCAAAGUAAAAAAAGUUGUGAAGAAAAUCGUCAAAAAAGUAGUAAAGAAGCCUGCUAAAGCACCCACAGCUAACGGUCCAGUCAAGAAAGAAGGAGCAUCAGAAAAAUCUAGUAAGGAUGUACCUGCGGAAAAAAAGGUCACAAAAGAAAGCAGCCCAGUCAGGAAGACUGCCACAGGGCGGCCAUUUAUUCGCCUAGAAUGUCCUCAGUGCAAGGAUCGCUAUGUUACCUUCCGCGAUUAUGAAGAUCAUCUGCGCUCUGGCAAGCACAAAUCAGCGAUGCGCAACAGGUCCAUGGAAUUGAAAAAGAAGCUUGCUCGAAUUCGCCUGCAACAACGGGACGAGCAGCGUGAAAUCGAUGAGAAACUGGCUGCGGAAGGAGAAACCUUCAAAACUAUGUUUUGUGAAACUUGCAAACUCAUCUUCAAGCAGAGGAGGAUGGAUCAUAAUGAUUCAGAUAACCACAAGAAAACAAAAAUCCUGUUGAAUCCCUACUGCAAGUGUUGCCGUAUUCGGUUCCUGAGUCCCAUGGCGUUUGAAGCUCAUAUUGCCUCACUCGACCACAUCCAGCACAAAGCACGGUCUGAAGCAUACGAAGAAAAAAUGAAGCAGAAGAAAGCGAAAGAACAAGAGGAAGGCAAGGCUGUUAAUAUGGAUAACUUCAUGGUCCUUGACUCUGUUGGUUCAGGGGAUGAAUCUGGUGAUGAUACAGAAGAGAAAACCGAAAAUAAAGAUGGAACUACAGAAGAGGGUAAAGAGGUGAAAAAGAAGAAAUCUAAACCCAUCAAUCUUGGAAGUGAAUUCUGCAGAAAAAUUGAGGUCUACUACUGUGAGUUGUGCAGGAUGCAAGUUCCGAGGUCUACCACCCUGGAAAUGGCCCUUGCUUUACACUGUCGCAAUCGGUUGCAUUUGAAGAAGUUCAUCCGAGCUCGAGAUGACAAAGCCUUGCGCAAGAAAGCCGAAAAGAUUCAUCGGGAAAAAGAAGAAAGUGAGAAGAAAGAAAAGAAGGUUGUCGAAGUGAAGAAAGAGAAAAUGGAUGGUGAAAUAAGUGAAAACAUCUCUGUGGAAGAGAGACCUAUUAAGCAAGAAGAGGAAUGCGACUCUGAAGCUGAAGGAAAGUUCUGGAAAGAGAUAGAAUCGGACCUACCAGAUAUCUCGGAUGACGUCGAAAACAAAUCCUCCGAUGAUGAGGAUGGUUCCAACAGCAGAUACGACCGCUUCAAUACCAACAAUGAUGACAAGCCACUCAAAACAGAUUCUUGCACUGUGGAUGAGAAAGAAACAACAGAGGAGGCGGCUGUAGAGGAGGAGGAAGAGACUAAAGAAGAAACCGAAUCAAAGGAAGUUGAGACAUAGAAUUAGUUAAAGCUUGUAAAUUAUCUCAGUCUGUUUAACGGACUCAGGUUUAUUAUGUCAGGGCUUAUAUUUAAGGCUUGAAGAAGUUCAGUGUGAACUUUUUUUGCAUGAUUCACUCGCAUGAUAGAAUUUUUUAUUUAAGAAGUGAAACAAUUUUAAGAAAUAAGUCUAUAAUCAUCAAAACAACUUAAUUUUUUUAGUAAAUCAUACAUUUUAAGACUGAAACAGUGAUUUAUCAUUGAUCUCUGGAUCGCCGUUGGAAUUAAAACAAAUAGUUAAUUCUCAAUAAAAUAAAAAAAAUGAAAAAUCUGAAUAUAUUCUGAAAUAAUUUUUGACCAAGGAAUGCAAUAUUAUCAAGUCAAUGGCUUCGAGGUAAUUUAUUCUAUGAUCUGUGUGUAAAAUUUAAUUUACUUCAGUGUUGCAAUUCUAAAUGUUUAUUUUAAUUUAAAUCUAGAAAAUCAGAAAGCAAGAAGAAAACAGAAUGUACCUCGAAAUUCAGACCAGUAACUAACUCCAUCUGAUAAUACUUCUCAUUUGAACACUCUUUGACAAAAAUCAGGGAAAUGUUGGAGUACUUUUAAGAAUGGUGAAGGUGGUUAGAGAAUUUCUACGGCAAUCUGGAUGACUCUUCGGGCAAUCUCUAGAGGAGUCCCUCUUAAACCAGGCAUGUGUCUCAAAUCCUGCUUUAAAAUACAUGUCUCUCUGUUCAAUGUUUAAAAGUGAGCAGAAAAAAUCUGAUUAUUUGAAGGCAUUACUUUCUAUCAAAAGCAAAAAAUUAUGUACAGACAACAAGUAGGUAUUCUACUCGUCUCAGCAUAUGUCGCUGGCAAGAUCAACAAUUGAGCAAUGUUGAAGCUUUCUUAGAACAAAAAUAGAUGUUUUUGCAGUCUCAAGAAAGCAUUCUUGUGGUUUUGACCCUCCUUAGUUCCUGAAACUGACAAAAUAAGUACCAAUACUUAACUUUAUUGUGGAUAUUUUCGUUGCGACAGUGUUUUGUCCUGAUUACCUUUUUUUUUUAGCUUAGAAGCACAAUUUUGUAGAUAGGAAAAGGUAAGAUGCCUAAUUUAGCCAUGUUUGAUAAUAUUUUGGGUGCGCCCAGCCAAUCUCCUGCUUGAACAAGUUCAGCUCUAGAAGUCACUUAAUGACCUUAAAUUAAUCCAUGUUGAUUUACUUACUGAAGCCUCAUUUACAUUAUAAGCUGUAUGUUUUAUUUUACCAUGAGACUGUUUCAUCUCUUCAUAAUCUUUAUAUCUCUCCUGUAUUCAUUACAAUUGGAGAAUAAAAUAAGUUUCCCUGUCA